GGUUUGGAUGACUCAGGACUGACCGUUCCACAGUUUGUGCUUAGUAUCGCUUUAAGCUCGAUUGCGUACGCAUGCAUUUACUGGUUCCUUCUCGCGUUCGAAAAGUUUGGUUUUAAUUUGAGCAAGACCCUGAAACUCCGUAAGUGAACCGCACAAGCGCAUCAGCGCUGGCAACUGGAAUGCAAAUGAUAUACAAUUGGAAACAUUUAACAAACUUUUGCAAUAUGCUUCUCUAGCAAAACACAAUGGAAUCAACGAACAACAAAUCAUUGUUUUCCUGACCAAAGACGCAUUCGCUCAUAUUUACGCACGCAGAGGGGUCUGUGAAUGAUUUGAAUAAAAUUGUGCCACAAGUAGUAGUGCUUAUCAAUUGUGGGAAUUUUCUAACGCGUUGUUCUUGCUCUCAGACACUGAAGCAAUCAAACCCAGCUGGCAGCAGCUAGUGAAUUCCGAAGCUGGUUAAACAUUGCUGAACUUAAAAGACCUGUGUUGCGAAUGCUAUAAUGAUGGAUAAAUAGAAUAGCGUAAAUGCAAACAAGUGAAUGGUACAUCCCAAACAUACUGUGAUACCUCUAACAAUCAGUGCUAGCUGCGUGUGUAUGAUGAAAGUGUUUAGUGCAGUGAAUAUUCUGGUAGUGAAGAGAUAGUUGGAAUUUCGUAAUAGGAAGAAUAUUUCAGCUAGUGCUUUUAACUGAAUCUGCAGAAAUGACAACACUCCUGAAGAACGUCACCAAUAGCAUUUGGCAUGCGUUCAGUGCCCUGCAGCAGGAUGACUCGGGAUUCGUGGGGAAAUCUAAACUGAAGGUCCUCACGGCAAACAUCGCGACCCUUCUGGACCUCUAUGGCGUCGAGCGUGGCCUGGACCACUACAGAUCUACCCCUACCCUCAACUUCGAUCAUUACAUAUAUUACCUCGGCCAGGAGGUAUUCUCUUCCAUUCCCAAUGAGACACCGCUUUCGGUGCUUAGAAAUUACGAAAAGAAAAUCGAUGAGGUGUGCUGGCUAGUUUGUCACAAAGACUUCCAGAUGGAUGACGCAUACUACACCGAAGAAGCCGUCCACCAGCUGUUCCGGAUCUUCUGUCUGAUGGCCGACUUGUACAACGACGAAAUGGACGACAAUCGGUUCACGGUGAGGAUUCACCCAUCGGAGGCGCUGAUCGUUGUCAAGCAGCUACUGAACUCCCUCGGGUUGAAUUACAACAACGGAGAGAAAUAUGACUAUCUGAAGACGUCGGACAAUGGGCUAAAGUUUAACGAGUUUUUGGAGAUCUUAAGGUUCAAGGACUACGACAAAGUGAAUGAUUACGUAGCGUCGAUUUGCGAAGCGAUUGGAGACAUUUUUCAGACGCUAAUAAUGGACGUGAUCAAGAAAGGGUAUCUGUACAGGCGAGGAUACGUGCUGCCAACGUUCCGCGAGUAUUUCUUCGUGAUACAGCCAUGCGAGUUGAGCUAUUACAAACAUCACACCGAUAAGGAGGUGUGUGGAACGAUUGCACUAGACUCGAAGUUUACCGUGAAACCGAGCGUGUCAUCAUCAAGUAAGACUGAGCGAAUUCAAAAAUUCACCCUAGUGUCACGGGAUCGUGCGUACGAGUUGGGAGCGCAGGAUCACAAAACACGUCUCCAGUGGAUAUCGGCACUUCAGCUGGCCAUUACAUACUCCACGGGACGUGAAGGAUUCCAACGAGACACAGUCAAUCGCAGAAAACAACAGCGCGACUUAGAGCAGAAGAAACGCCAGGAAGAGGAAAAAUUACGCAGGAUACACUUGAAACAGUUGGAAGAAACGAACGUCCAGCUAGAACAGGAGAAGCUAGCUCGUCUUGCGGCGGAAUCCCAAGCCCGGCAGUAUGAAGCGGUCGCACGCGAAGACUCUCGUCGUGUUGCAGAGCUAGAAGAUGUGAAGCUUAGUUUGGAACGUAUGCUCGAGGAUGAGAUUCAGGCUAAGCGUGACGAGGAAAUUGUGCGAGCUUUGCAGGCUCGCGUUUUAGCGGAAGAAUGGGAUAAGCGAGAGGAAUUGGAACAACUGCAGGCAGAACAGAAGGCACUGCUCGAGCUGGAGCGACAGAAACGGAUGGAGUUCGAGCUCCGGCAGCAGGAGAACGAGAAGCGCUUCAAGGAUGCCGAGCAGAAGUUGCGACAGCUGGAAGAGGAGCGGAAAAAACUGGAUCGAGAGCUGAAGCAGGCUCGCCAGAAAAUUCAACUGUCCGAAGACAACAAAGGAAUAGUCGAAGCCAAAUUACAGGCAAUGGCUCCGACGUUCCGAAAAGCGCCGGACUUUAUGAUCCGAAGAACGCAAUCUUUUGUGGCAGCAGACCGACCGGUAAUUGUCUCCGCUCCACGUUGAUGCCUUCCACCGCAUACCAUGCCAGUAAACUUGCUUUACACGUAGGUUCAACUCCCUCUACAGCCUUAUCUUUUAAUAUGAAAUUUUAUGUUAUUGGUUAUUUGCUUCAGUCAUUUGCUGGUUGUCCAGCAUUUUUUGUUUGAUUCUCUAUUAACACGUUUUUUUUUUGAAGCAAUAUAUUUUUUUAGAGUUAUGUUUUAUAA